GCGAGCUCGUGACAUUAGGGUUUUUGGAGGGGGGUUGGAGUGGAGGAGAGGAGCUCGAGCUCUCUCUCUCCAAUGGCGGCUGGAGCUCGAGGAAUGGCUUCCUUCCGCUGCCCUUCCUUCUUCAAAGUCUUUCUUCCGAACCUCUCGGCCCAGCAUUUGAAGAUCCCGCCGGCGUUCUUGAAGCACAUCGUGCAUGAGGAGGAGGCCAGGACUGUGUCAUUGGAGGGACCGAGUGGGAGUGUGUGGUGCGUGGAAAUGGUUAGGAAUUCAGGGGGGGUUUGGUUUGAGAAUGGAUGGAAGGAGUUUGUUGCUGAUCACUCUGUGGUUAUGGGGGAUUUCUUGGUGUUUUGCUACACAGGAGAUUCAAGCUUUAGGGUGUUGCUCUUUGAUUCAACGGCUUGCCAAAAGGAGGUUGCUUUUUGUGCUAGGCCGAGUCAAGCUGCUACGGUUCUCGGAGAGGAUAUUGAUGAGGAUGAUUGCAAGGAUUUGUUCAAGAGAGCUCUGGAAAAGAAUGCGAAGAAGAAGAAGAGGAGGGUUGGGGAUUCUUCUGAUGUUGAUAAUUCACAGAGGAAAGUCAGUUCCAGCUUGGCUGUCCAUAGUGAUUCACAUUCCGGACCAUUUGAAAUUCUGGGAGCUGCAAAUGGUGGUAGUAGUUUUGAUGAGGCUGACGGAAGUACUCCAAAGGAGGGGACAGGUACUCUGAUGACGCUGAAGAGCUGUGGCAAACAAUUGCAUUCAAAUAUCCCAAACCGGAAAACAUAUAUACCAAAAUCCCGGCGUGGAGAAUUGACUGUUUAUGUUCCGCGUAUCAAGCCUACCACUCCAAAACCACAAUGUAAGGUGAAGCAAGAAAUCGAUUUCACUGAAGAGGAAACUCUCUCUAAUAAACUCAUCCAUUCCGGUGAAAUGAGCACCGUAAAGGUGCAGAGCAAAGUUAAAUCGAAUUGCUUGGCAUUGAUGGAGUCUGGUGGACCACCUCAAUGCAGUGAGGAUGAUGUCAAAUUAGUGCGACUGGGAUCACUGUUAUCCCAACGACGGCCUGUAACAAAAGAUGAAAUGGAUAGGACUAUUGAAAUGGCGAAAUCAUUCAACUCUCAGAAUCCUUUCUUUGCAGUGGUCAUGCGGGAAGCUUAUGUUUAUUCUAGUUUUUUCAUGAAUGUGCCGCAUACAUUUGUAAAGCAAUACUUCCCUGAAACAAAAACAGAAAUGAUUCUUUGGGAUUCAGAGGGGAAACGAUGGCCAAUAAUGUACAACUCCUACGGUAGGCGUGGCGGGUUUAGUGCUGGCUGGGGGAAAUUCUCUCGCAAUCAUAACAUCGAAAAGGAUGAUGUGUGCAUCUUCGAACUAAUUAAAGAGUACGAAAUGCGAGUUCACAUCUACAGGGUGGUGGAGGAGAUCUCACCUCUCGUUCGAAUUCGCAGAAAAGACCUUUGAUUACUAUUUGUAUUUGUAUUGUUUUCUAUCAUUGAAUUGAGCUAAAAAGCCGAGGUGUUCUGAAGCUCUGUUGUAUAACUAUUCUUUUUUAUUCGAAGACAUAAUCAUCAACUUUUCUGAUUAAUCAAGCUGAAAUUUCACCCA